GGAUGUAAUAAAUCCAGAUAACUUCAGAUAAUUAGGUCAGUUUUUUAUGCCUUCCUAUUUUUGCUCUGACAGUAAAGUGUGUGCCUGCUUUCCUGCUCCCAGGCUCCUCCCUCUCGGUCGGAUCUUUAGGGUUUGAGUCACUUUAACAACAGACGGACCAAAGUCAGGGUUUGCAAGGCAGGGAGAGAGAAAUCCAGCCAACCGCGGAGAGGUUUUUCUCUCCCGCUCCUUUGCACGCGUGUGCGUAAAAGCUCCGAGUCUGGUGGGAUACAGCCAGCGAGGAGCCAGAGAGGAGGAAGUUGGAAGGAGGGACCAGAGGAGCAGUGGCGUGGUGCUGCCUGAGAGCAGGGAGAGAGGAGCAGAGCUCAGACGCUUCCAGCUCUCCUAUAUCCACAGAUCUCUUCAGCUCACUACGCUUUGUUUCCCCCAAAACGCAGGAAUGCGCGUAAAGGGACUCACGACUCCUGCGUUGCCGCCGCGUACCAGCGAGUCACACGUGAGUUUUUAAACACGCGGCGGUUUCAACAGGGUGAAAUCACCUCUGCUGUCAAUGUCAGCACAGGUAGUGAAAGAGGAUCCCGGAAGAACACGUCGUGCAGGUUACUAGUUUGUUUGCAUAGCCUGCGCUUUUUCUCCAAAGCGAUCGAGCGCUGAUGGACUUGUUUCCUUAUUCCAAAAGUAGCUGUUACCUUUUCUAGUUUGAGAUUAUUUAUUUUUGUAACUGAAAGUAACUAAGCGGAGGGAAGAUGAAGGAGCUGAAGAAGAAGAAGCUGUACGUGGUGGUGGACGUGCUCUGCGUUUUAGUUGCGGCACUGCCCUUCAUCAUUAUGACCAUUGUGUUCAAGCCAUAUGAAAGGGGCGUCUACUGUGAUGAUGAGAGCAUCAUGUACCCAUUAAAACCAGACACCAUCACCCACGGCAUGCUGGCGGCCGUCACCAUCUCCUGCACCGUCAUCAUUAUCUCCACUGGAGAGGCGUACCUGGUUUACAGCAAGAGGAUUUACUCUAACUCAGACUUCAACCAGUACGUAGCCGCGCUCUACAAGGUCGUGGGCACCUUCUUGUUUGGGGCAGCCGUCAGCCAGUCGCUGACCGACCUCGCCAAGUUCACCAUCGGCCGUCCGAGGCCUAACUUCAUGGCUGUAUGUGCCCCCAAGGCCUGCACGGGAUACAUGGCUUUGAUCAACUGCACAGGCAAACCGCAGGACGUCACGGAGUCAAGAUUGUCCUUCUACUCUGGUCACUCCUCUUUUGGGAUGUACUGUAUGCUCUUCCUUGCACUUUACGUGCAGGCCAGACUGGUGGCUAAGUGGGCUAGACUCCUCCGGCCCACAAUCCAGUUCUUCCUGGUAGCCUUUGCGGUGUAUGUGGGCUACACCCGAGUCUCUGAUUACAAGCACCACUGGAGCGACGUGCUGGUGGGGAUGCUGCAGGGAGCGCUGAUCGCUGUGCUCAACGUGUGCUUUGUGUCAGACUUCUUCAAGAAGCGUCCGGCACGUUGCACGAGGCAAGACACCACCGACAGCGAGGAGCCGGAGAGGAAACCCAGCCUGCAGAUCGUAGACUCUGAACACACCAACAAUUACAACUACCCACACAAUCCUGGCCCUGUGUGAUAGUGGGGGGCUGACGCUGGGGGGAAAGAAAGGCUGCAGCCUGCAGAUCCCAAACCUGUGUGAUGGGGGUCCAGCCCCGGGGGUCUUCAACCGUCAUUGACUCUUUGCUGGAUGAGAAGUUCUAUGACUGUGAUUUGUUAAAUCUUGGCUACAUGUGUUUUCCGGUCUUCAACCAGACCUUUGUAUCUCUGUUUGAAAGGAGUAAAGCUCGGGAUCUGGUCUGUAGCUUGCAGCCUUCAAGCCCCCAGCUCUCUCCCUCCCUCUCUCUCUCUCUCCAUACGUAUCAACCACUCACAUCCCCUCCUGCUCCCCAACCACUGGACUGACUGAGGGGGCUGCGUCCCAUCGCCAGGUCUCUGACCCCCCCCCCCCCCCCCCCUGUUAAAGGCGCCGCGAUGACGUCCUGCUCUCCUGUAAGAGAGAGAAGGAGCAUAUUGUUUGUAAGACAUCGUUGUGGAUGUUCGAGUGUAUUCGCUUAAAGCUGCAUUAAGGGAAAAGGAAAAACUCCCAACACACACAGCAACAAAGCUAUGGUAUAUAGUUGCCUAAUGAAGUGCUUGUGGCUGCGUGUUCGCAGACAGGCGACACAGCAGAAGCAGAGGAACCUAGACGUGCCAAUUACAGCCCUUUUCUGGCCAUCGGAUGAAUGUAAGGCAGAUUUAGACUUUGUGCUUAUACAUGUAUCGGCCCAACAACUUCCUCUCCUUAGCCAUGUUGCAGGGAGUACAGCUGCCGACAGCUUUCUAUAAAGUGUCGAUUACAGCAGUUUGAAUCUGGAAGUGCCCUGGGACACCGUGGGAUUGGCUGUGGCAACUAAUUUUUUACACUAUUAUCAAAUAUAUCACUUAAUGGAGCUCUAAUGUGUUUUGUAUGUAUGUGUUAAAUUUUAAUUUGGUUUGUUUUUUCGAGCACCUUACGCUGGUCACUCGCCUGUAAGCAAAUUGUUGACAACAGCUCACAUUGGGUGAGCUCAUUCUCUCAAUAUACCGAGGCUCGCAGACUGAGCAGCUGCAGCCCAUCCCAGUGCUGCUUUGACACCAGGGGUAUAUCAAUCCAACCAACAUGACAAGCUAUAAGCAUCACCUGGAGAUAAAUCCAUAGAUCUGAAAUAAGAGGACAAUAGGCUCCUGCCAGCUGUUUUAAGUGCCACACAAACAGAGCUGUUGUAAACCAUAAGCUCUGUUUCAAUUCACGGGCUGAAUCCUUAGGAGGCUGCAUUUGAAGGCUGAUUCCAUCACAGCGUAACUUUACGAGGGGCUUCUUCAAAUAUGGCCGACAAAUGUUUCCUUCUAUCCUCGAGAAAGGAGGGGUCCAACGGGUGUUAUCAGAUGCUUGAGUAUCACGAUCAAGGUAUUGAAUCGUGGUAACAAGCUCCCGCCGACACAAGCAUUCGACCAAUCGUGAGUCAUUCCAUGUCAAUCAUUGUUUUUACUGCCUCAAAUAAAACCAACCUUACAGGUUAACUGGACACUUGAACUAACCAGUGUGUGAAGAACCACCUUCAAAGGAAUGUAAAACAUCUUUGAAACAAUUUAUUGGCAUGUACAGUACUUUUACUUUUUAGUUUGGUCCAUGUCCCAUCGGCUAUAACAGAGGAGACAGGAUUUAUGACCUUUAGCAUAGUCAGCCACCAGGGGGUGAUCAAGAUGCUCUUGCUUCACUUUUCGGGAGCUGUUAAUUACUAUGACAAAAAAGUGCCUACGUAGAUUUGUCACUCUUACUGAUGUGUUCGUUAGAUCAGGUCAGUCUUUAACAGUAGACCCUGUGCAGACUGGCUCAAAUUCACCUUUAACAGUAGUGAUGCUUUUCUGAAAUGUGCAAAUUGAAAUGUGGCGUGAUUGAUUGAUAUUAUAUUCCCCCUGUGUGUUAUGGACUGCAGAGGUAGGAAACCAUUGAUGCAGAAGUCCUGAUGAACUUAAUGCAUCAUACCACUACGACUAUACUGCCAAUCACAUGUUGACAAAUCUGGCCUCCUUCUCCGCUCUCUGUCUUGUGUUUUUAUAUAAUUUCUCAAAUAGUAGUAAUCAAAGAAGGAUGAGACGACCAUUUUGAAAAUGGUGUUUAAUUUAUUUUAAAUACAAGAAGCUUCUCUAUUAACUUUAAUAAGGUUGGAAUUGCCAGCGUUGUUAAGGUUUUUUGUGCAAUCACCCUUGCUUGCCACUAUGAGCCAGAAAUAAUGUACUUUCUACUAAUUCUAUGAGACAUUUUUCAUGUUCUGUGAAGGAUGUGUAUAUACGCUUGUAUGUUUUUAUAGGCAGAUUUAAAAUUCACCUGUACAGUGUGCUUGUUUUGGCCUAUGCCUUCACAGACUGGUCCUUAUUGGAGCUACCACACAAAUGGAUCCGAUUCCAGGUCCAAACGUGAGCCAGAUGCCUUGGCAGGGCUUUCAAAAUGCUGUUGUAAUGAUAAUGGGUUACAUACCCAACUGUGUUUUUGAAGCGAGUAUCACAGCUCCAUUCCCACCUCAAAGAACCGUCUACGUUCCGUUUCCCCUUCCUGUGUUGAUAGAUGGGGUUAAAUCAUGAGCUAAGUCUCCUCUGCAGUCGGAGGAACGACGACCGAUCACUCGGACCUCACAAUUGAUUGAGGGAAGAGAAAAGGAAGACGGAGGGAGAUGGAGACCUCCACCUGAUAGUGAUUGUGAGGCCCUGACGGUGAGCUGGGUCUAGGAGGAGGCGGGGUACUUCCAGGGGUGUGGGGUAACCUACGGUAAACCUUCGGUCCCUGGGGACGACUACACAUUUGAAACAGAGAUUUACAACGAGAAACAGCUGGAACUGGUUGUGGUGAAGUUCUGUGCAACCCCCCCACCCCCUACCCACCCACCUCCACACACACACACACACACACACACACACACACACACAGACUAAUAGCACAAAUGAGGACGAGGAUGUAGGAACGUCAUGGCAUUUGAUUUCAGCCUCUCGAAGCCCAGGUUCUCAGCUGGUUACGUGGCUCCAUGUGCGUUUUAUGUUUUACUGGAUCGGUGUUUCAGAAUUGCAACCAGAUGACCAAUCUUUUAUGUGUCAACUUGUAGCUAUGGUUCAUGUUGUUCUUUUGUGGAUAGAUUAUAUCUACAGUCUUUAAAUCAGAGAAUUUUAAAUAAAGAUAUAAUCCACAUUCA